UCGCCUUCUCUUCUUUCUUUAAGAUUCUCUCGUAAACACCUCUUCCCAAACAUUACAUCCCCCCAAAGAAAGAACAAGUCUUUCUGUCUCAAAAAUCAUGAAAAGAGGCAUUGCUUUCUGCUUUCUUAUCGCAAAAACAUUGUAAAGCUGUAAUUUUGCCCCAAGAGAAAGUCUUUUCACGGGAAUUCUUGAAAAGGGUAGAAGGAAUUUCUUGAGAAAGUGAGAAUGAGUUUUCAGGGGAGGGGAUUCUACACCCCACCGGCGACUCUGAAGUCGAGGACGACUGUUCCUCCAGAAAAGUCGAUGACGGAGGGGAAAAACGUGAAGAAAGAUCUUUUUCAUGUUGUUCACAAGGUUCCCUCUGGUGAUUCUCCAUAUGUCAGAGCCAAACAUGCCCAGUUGAUAGAGAAGGACCCAAGUAGGGCAAUUUCUAUGUUCUGGGCAGCUAUAAAUGCUGGGGAUCGUGUUGACAGUGCACUCAAAGACAUGGCAGUUUCCAUGAAACAGUUGGAUCGAUCAGAUGAGGCAAUUGAGGCUAUCAAAUCUUUCCGUCAUCUCUGCCCCUAUGAAUCUCAAGAAUCUAUUGAUAAUGUGCUUAUUGAACUCUAUAAGAGGUCUGGAAGGGUCGAAGAAGAGAUUGAAAUGCUUCAGGGGAAGCUGAGGCUGAUCGAAGAAGGUAUAGCUUUUGGUGGGAAGAGGACAAAGGUCUCAAGGUCCCAAGGGAGAAAGAUUCAAAUAACUAUUGAACAAGAGAGAUCAAGGAUACUGGGGAACUUGGCCUGGGCUUACUUGCAGCAACACAAUUACGGACUUGCUGAACAGCAUUACAGGAAAGCGCUGCUUCAGGAGCUAGAUAAUAACAAAGAAUGCAAUCUGGCAAUCUGCUUGAUGCACAUGAACAGGGUUAAAGAAGCAAAAUCUUUGCUCGAGUCUGUCAGAGCUUCUUCCAGAAACAAAGAGAUGGAUGAAUCUUAUGCUAAAUCCUUUGAACGUGCUGUUCAGAUGUUGAAUGAUAAGGAAUCUCAAUCAAUGCUAGAAUUAAAUCCACAUGAAAAAGAAGAUGGCUAUGGUAAGAAACCCCGGAGAUCCUUCAUGUCACCUACAGAUGGAAACUCAUGUGAAAGGUUGGCCAGCAGCAUAUGGAAGGAAAAUCGGUCUAAUACUGCAGGAGAAAUGAGUUCUAUGCAAAAGGGAGCAUAUAGUUCACCAGCUUUGAUGAGAAAAGAUUCGGAAGGGCUAUACACACAACCAAAAAGAUGUUUAUGGGGGUUCAAUGGAGGAGAUCAGGUAAGUACAAGAAGGGGAGAGGUCGAUGGAAGUGUGAAUCGGAAACUAUCAUUUGAGCCUACGAUAAAUGCUGGAAGUGUAACAUCGCAUAAGAUUCAGAAUUUCAAUGGACAUUUACAAGGUUAUACCAGUGAAAAAUCAUGUGUUAGAGUGCAAGAAUCUGAAAGUGAAUUGCCAUCAGCUGCCAAUGGAGAUUCAAGACACUGCUCAUGGAGGCUUGCUCAUUUGAAAGAUGAUGCAGCCACAGAACCCAUUUCACAACCUAAAGUGAAAGGGGACUGGAAGAAAACUAUAUGGAAAAACAGUGACUAUGUGCAGGUGACCCACGAAAAGGAAAGAAUCGGUUACCAGAAUUCUUCUGACAUUGUUUUUGGCAGUAUUACAACACAGAAUGAGCAUCCUGGGGGUGGAGAGCAAUGCUCUCCGAAGUCCAGUAGUGCACAUCAUUAUAUAUCGGAAGAUUCAAAGAAGAAGAGUUGGGCAGAUAUGGUUGAAGAAGAUGAAGAGAGAGAAUUAUGUGGAACAAACUCAACUGAGUGUGUGAAUGACUGGAAAUAUGAAGAACAGUUCAAUGAUGAAAAUAGAAACAUCAACAUGAUUUAUGGAAGUUCGAACCGCGUAGAAAAUCUAUCUCAGAGGCUUGAAGUAUUUGAUCUUAAAGAUGGCUAUGCUACAUCUGAGAAUUUUGGUUCAUCAAGAAAACCAGACGCACGUCGCUCCUUGCGUUUUGAACAGAACAGGGAGCCAGAAUCAACAGAUUACUAUUCUGCAACCCCAAAAGCAAAGAAGGGAUUGAAUUUUGAUGGUUACCAUUCUAUGAAGGAAAGCUCUUGUUCGUUUGAGAAGAACCCGGAUUUAAAGAGGAGGAAUAGGUUGCAGGUUUUCCGAGACAUAACGCCUACUCCUGAUAAUGAGCUGAGCUAAAGAUUUACUCUGCCUGAGAUUAAAUGGUCUCUGUGGAUGCUGCUGUUUCUAAGUAUCAGUUUGAUAUGUCCUAAAGCAGCAUUUACCGUUCAGUGAGUUUGAAUUUCAAAUGUGCGUCGAAUUUAUAACAUCUUCAUAAAUACAAGAGUGUUGAAGAACAAGCUUUAGUUUGGGGUUCUAUAAUUUUCCUAUUCUCCCUUUGACUGAAAUGCUUCUGCCAUUUAGCAUUGUAAAUAUAGAUCAUAUAGUAAUGUUUCAUAGGAAAGUUCACUGUGGAUUGAAGCUUCUCUCCCUUUUUAGCCAUGAUAAUUUUUAGUGUGCUCAUGUACUUCACUAUAGUUCCAUUUGCCUAGAUGCGUGCAAUAGAGCAGCAGAAGAAAAAACCUUUCAGCCAAGGAGGAUUGGAAGUUUCAUAAGUUGACUUGCUCUGUUAAAUGGCAUAGAUAUUCUUUCUGAACCUUACAUUGUCAUUUGGCCUUUCACUUCAGGUAGUCUAUUUAUACACAUUGUUGGUCUUCUUUUUCUGGACAGCAUUGAUGUAUUUUCAUAUCACUGUCAUCAACUUUGAUGCGCCUGGCAUAUGCUGGGCUCAAGAUCUUGUAUUUC